AUGGAACAACAAUCAAAUGAUAAUUCUCUAAACAAAAAAAUUUCGAAAUUCUUCGAAUUCACGAAAGCUACAAUUGCCGCCGCCACCAUUUCUACCAACACCUCUAGCAACAGCAGUAGCUGUAGCGGAACCAAAAACAACUUCGUAUAUCCUUCCUCCUUAAAACGACGAUUAAAAUUAGGAAGGAUGAAGGUCCUAAUUAUUGGAUUUGAAACGGGAACCUGGCUCCUGGAUAUGGCCGAAAAGUUCCGUGCAUCAAAUGUAUAUAUAUGUCUUGGCGAUGCAUCGGAAUUUCCCGACGAUGAAUCGCGUCUUAGUAACACGGGAUUCAUUAAAUGUGAUUUUCUUUAUGGGAUUCCGUUCGACAGAUCAACAUUUGAUGUGAUCCUCAAUUUCGUGGAUAGCUCAAGUUUAUCAGAAUUUCAAAACGACAACUUUAUUUUGGAGGUUGAUCGAGUUUUGAAACAAGAUGGAUUGUUUGUAGGAACAAGAACCGAUUUAGACGAACAAAGCGUAUUUAUAUGGUUGCGUUAUUCUGCUUUAGGAGCAGAUAUCAAUGAACAAUAUCUCUUAGCCCAAAGUUUUCGAUUGGGCAUAAGAACGGAUAAAAAUGAAAGACUUUCUGCGGAAGGGGUAAAUACAGAUGCAUAA